AUUCCAGUUUACCCUCAACGUUAUGUCAGAUUUACAAACAAGAACCAUAGGUGGAGCAGAUCUAAGAGUGGGAGAGAGAUUAGUCGCCGAUUUCAUCAACCUCUGUCGUGUUCCUGCCACUACCGCUCCACCAAAUCUGUUUCGCGCUAGGUGCGUAAUUGAGAACAUGGCUGGAGAAGGUGAAGAGGAUGUACCUAGAGAUGCUAAGAUUGUGAAAUCUCUGCUUAAGUCGAUGGGUGUGGAGGACUAUGAGCCUCGUGUGAAUGUGAUACACCAGUUUCUGGAGUUAUGGUACCGGUAUGUGGUGGAAGUGUUGACAGAUGCUCAGGUUUACUCAGAGCAUGCUAGCAAAUCCAACAUUGACUGUGAUGAUGUGAAGCUCGCUAUUCAGUCCAAAGUUAAUUUCAGCUUCUCAUAGCCACCUCCAAGAGAGGUUCUGCUAGAGCUUGCUGCAAGUAGGAACAAGAUCCCUUUGCCAAAAUCGAUAGCAGGACCGGGUGUUCCUCUCCCACCCGAACAGGACACAUUGCUGAGCCCAAACUACCAGCUUGUGAUAACAAGGAAGUCAGCUUCCACAGAACCUGAAGAAACUGAGGAUGAUGAAGAAAUGACAGAUCCUGCACAGUCCUCGCGAGAACAGCAGCAACAACAAACAUCAGACCUCCCAGGUCAAACUCCCCAAAGAGUCUCUUCCCCUCUCUCUACAAGACCCAAGAAGUAGAUACACAAAAAGUCUAUUAUGUUAUUAUGUAUCAAAAUGUAGUAGCAGAAUUAUUAUUAAUGACCAUAUGUGGUAUCAAGGAGUAGAAUGUAAGAGAAUCAUAUAUUAAUGGCCAGAGUCAGUUUUCGUAGAACAAAUGAGCAAUAUAUA